AUGCUGUAAAACAAAGACUGCAUCCAAAUUAAUAAAAUAUUUGACAUGGUAAUUCCUACAACCAUUAAAAUUAAUCCAAUUGUACGUUCAAUAAUUGUACCCCAUUUGAUUCGAUUCAAUGCUGAAGAACUUAUAGGUCUUAUUAAUAAAAAUAGGUAAGAAUAACAAAUCGUAGGAGUUAAAAUAAUCAUUUGCUAAUAAUCUAUUAGAAUGACUAAUACGAAUAUCACCUUUUAUAAACUACAAUCGAUUGAUGCAAACUAAAGGAAUGAAUAAGAAUUGAGUGCAUUUGAUUGGAUAUUAAAAAUCUUAUUUGUUAUAUAGAGAUCGAAAAGUGUGAUUAAUGGCAAGAGAACUUAAAUUUAUCAAAUAGACUACAGAAUUUACUCAUUCUAAGGGAUGUGA